AAAUUCCCGGGCAGAUUGAAAGCAAAGAUGGAGCAUCGGGAGAAGGUGAUUGGGCAAGGAGUCUUGACGGCUGCCCAGGCAGAGAAGUGGCUGCUGCCGUCAGAAGCCGGGUACGUGGAGGCGGAGGGGGUGGAGCGCACGAGCAACGUGUCUCAGGCCGACAUCGUGCAGCACGUGGGCGCCGCCAGCCGACGAGCUGCCUUCGACCUCAAGCUGCCAGAGCUGGGCCCAUACAAGGCGGCCUACUCGCUCAACGGGCGCAGCCUGCUGCUGGGGGGGCGCAAGGGGCACCUCGCUGUCGUGGAAUGGCGCCGCUGCCACGUCACCACCGAGAUCCAGGUGCGGGAGACGGUGCACGAUGUGUGCUUUCUCCACAACGAGCAGUUCUUUGCCGCCGCGCAGAAGAGGUACACGUUCAUUUACGACAAGAGGGGAAUCGAGCUGCAUUGCCUCAAGAACAUCACGGGCAGCGGGGCGCUGCGUCUGCAGUACCUGCCGCACCACAUGCUGCUGGCGUCCAUCUCCAAGGGCGGGGUUCUGGACUACGUGGACACCACCACGGGCCGCCACGUGGCGCAGUGCAAGACGCGCAAGGGGCGCUGCGACGCCAUCACAGCCGACAGCCGCACGGGCGUGAUCUCCCUGGGCCACAGCAACGGCACCGUCUCCCUCUGGAGCCCUUCCAUGGGGACUCCCCUCGCCACACUGCUCGCGCACCACGCGCCGCUCACGGCCAUUGCGAGUGAUGCGUCGUCUGGGAGGUACCUGGUGACGGCGGGCAUGGAGGGGCGCGUGCGCGUGUGGGACGUGCGCACGCUGCGCGAGCUGCACUCGUACGUCUCGCCCACGCCAGCGAGGACGGUCGCGCUGAGUCAGCGCGACAUGCUGGCGGUGGGGUUCGGGUCAGCGGUGGAGGUGUGGAAGGAGGCGCUGACAGCGAAGCAGCACACGCCGUACCUGAAGCUCAGGAUUCAGUCGAGCGGGGCAAACAGGAACACAAGGAGUGGUGGUGGAGGAGGGGCGGCAGCGACUUUCGCCGGAACCACAGCAGCAGCAGCAGUGGAGAGACUUUCCUUCUGCCCGUACGAGGACGUUUUGGGCGCUGGGCACGCGGAAGGGUUCUCUUCGCUGCUUGUGCCCGGGGCAGGCGAGGCGAACUUUGACUCGUUUGUGGCGAACCCGUUUGAGACGGGGAAGCAGCGGCGCGAGGCGGAGAUCCACAUGCUGCUGGACAAGCUGCCGCCCGAAUCCAUCAUGCGCGACCCCGACCGCAUCGGCACCCUCCUCCGCCCCCACGACCGCCAGCGCACUCUCACCAAUGCGCUCGUCUCCAAGGCUAACGCCGCGGCUCGGGCAAAGAGCCUCGGGAAGAGCCCUGGGGGGGAAAGGAAGGGAGGGGGGAAGGAGGGUGGGGAAGGUGCUGGAGGUGGGGGAGGGGGAGGGGGAGGGGGAGGGGAGGAGGAGGGGGAUGAGGAGGAUGAGGAGGAGGGUGAGGAGGAGGGGAAGGAUGGGGCGAAGCGGCCUCGGGAGAAGAACAAGACCAAGGGGCGGAACAAGCCGUCGAAGCGAGCCAAGAAGAGGAAGAUGAACAUCAUUGAGAGCAAGAGGGAGGCCACUCGGAGAGACGUGCGUGCCAAGGAGGGGGGAGGGGGAGGGGCGGGCGGAGGAGGGGAGGAAGGGAAGUCGGCAGUGCCGCUUGCUCUGGCUCGGUUCCAACGGAAAGGAGCACGUGAAGGGGUAGCAUGA